CUCCCCUGCAACGGCUUUUCUGUGAAACAAUAAUUUCUUGAACAAGAUAGAGUGAGAGAGAUCGAGCUCAAAGAACGGCAUCAAUGGCGUCGAAGCUUCUGAGUUCCUUCUUUCUCCUAUCUCUCUAUCUCGUUUCAGUUUCCGAUGCUUCUCUGACAUCUAUCUCCGCCGCCGUCGAAGUCCUCUGCGAUUCCGGCUACUUCUCCAUGGGACUCACUCUAAAGAUCGCCGACAAAGAUCUGCGCCUAGAUGAUUGGCAAGAACUCACCAUCUUCGCUCCUUCCGAUCAAGCUUUCUCCGCCUCUGGACAGCCUUCGCUUCUCUCGAUCAAGUACCACCUCUCUCCGACGAGGCUCCCCGGAGAAACCCUAACGAACCUUCCUCACGGCGCGAAACUCCCCACUCUCAGAUCUAAUUCCUCUCUAACCGUCACGAACUCAUCGCGAUCUGGCCGAGUGAAUCUUUCGAUCAACGGCGUCCUAGUCCAAGAUUCGCCUCUCUUCGACGACGGUUACGUCGUGAUUUACAGUUCCGACGAGUUUUUCUCACCGCCGAUCAUUACUCCACCAUCGAUCGCAAACACUAUCUCAUCUCCUGCUGAAUCAAUCGAUUCGAUUCCGAUUCCUAUCCCUAGCUCAGCCCCUAGCUCACCGGUUAAGUCUAAACCGGUUAAUUGCUUCAACAUCUUCGAGUCGGCUUCGAGUUUGUUACUUUCGAGAGGUUUCGUGAUCAUGGCUACGUUUCUCGCUCUACAGCUCGAGAUCUCUCCUGGGAACGACACGAAGCUCACAGUCUUCGCUCCCAUCGACGAAGCGUUUUCCGUCAGCAACUUCUCCGAUUACGCUACUAUCUUCAGGGGACAUGUCAUCAAGCGGCUUCUCUCGUGGAAAGAUCUUGAGAAACUUGCGUGGGAAGGAUCCAUCUUGCAAGCUGCUCUCAAAGGUUAUGAGAUUGAGCUUUCUUGGUCUGGUGAUUUUCUUCUUCUCAAUGGAGUCCCACUCAUCUUUCCCGAUCUGUACGCCAACGAAUGGAUUGUUGUUCAUGGAGUUAACCAAAUGAUUGCACCGCAAGCAAGCCAGGCUAAAGUGGGAGAGUCAAUCUCAGAGCUAAACGGUGGAGAAGAAGAAGAAGAAGAAGAAGAUGAUGAUGUUCAUCGUGAGUUCUCUACUGAGUUAGGUGACUAUGGUCUUCACUGAUUCGUUUAAUGCAUUUUCAGAUGAUCUUCAGAUGAUUCGUUUAAUGAAUAUUAAUAAUGAGUAAAAAGUUUCUGAUCUUAAGAGACGCUUUGGGUGUGAAUGUGACAUCAUAGAUGAGACAUCACUGUUCUUCUUUUUUCAGUCUGAGGAAAACACAAAUGAUUGCUUAGAUUUCAGCAAAACCAAUUUGGAUAUUUUUUUUGAGUAAAAAGAAAAGACCUUUGAAGUUGA